CUGGAUAACUUGAGGAAUGGAAUAGUGGAAACGUGUGUAAAAAACAUCGACGUUCUGAACUCCCCCGCCAAUUAGACUGGAAUCGUCAUCGUACCCGUGUCUCCCCUCGUUUCAUAAGCUGGAACAUCACACAGCUGGAAAGAGAGGGAGGGCACUCUGGUGGAGAAGGAAUGUGAAACAUUUCUGAUGUUGCUCCAGUGGCUGUUUACACGGUAGUCAUCGCGGCAGCAUGACAUCAGAGUGCUGACUUUAUAAAUGUCAGCAGCAGGCCAGAGGCGGGUGAAACGGACACAGCCCGGAGACAGACGCAGACCCGAGACGGACGCAGACUCUCUCUCAUCCUCAUGGACCGACUACUGUGUGAUUGUGUGCUGCUGCUUGCUGUGGCCUCGCAGGUGUUGUGUCAGCUGUGUGACGGGCCGUGCCUCUGCCCCCGAUCAGCCCCCAAGUGUCCCCCCGGAGUCCCACUGGUGGCGGACGGCUGCCGGUGCUGCAUGGUGUGCGCGCGGCAGCAGGGACAGCCGUGCACGGAGAAGUUCCCGUGCGACAGCCGGCAGGGGCUGACAUGCGACUACAGUGCCAGCUUCCCCGGGGGCCCUGGGGAGUGCGUCGCUCGGGAAGAUCUGACCUGCGAAGUCAACGGCAUCAGUUACCAGGACGGCCAAUCCUUUCAGCCCUCAUGCGACGUCCUCUGCCACUGCAGGGGCGGCGGGGUCAGCUGCGUGCCCGCUUGUCCGCUGAAUUUCCGUCCCCCCACUGCGGACUGUCCUCACCCGCAACAUGUUCGGCUUCCGGGGAAGUGCUGCAAGGAGUGGGUGUGCGAAAACUUGGACAACUCUGUGCUUCAAGACGCCAUCACAGCUAUGAGAGCAGACACUCCGCAGCCACCGGUCCCGGUGCCGGUCUCCUCCAUGUGCACGGAGCGGAGCACCCAGUGGAGUGUGUGUUCCCAGAGCUGCGGGACGGGCAUCUCCACACGGGUUUCCAACCACAAUCCAGCGUGUAAGCUACAAAUUGAGACUCGCUUAUGUAAAGUGCGACCCUGCCAUGCGCGUCUGACCAUGCCAAGCGGACCCACGCUGGGGCAGCAGGGCAAGUGCACGGUCAGCUACAUGGCACCCGGACCCGUUCAGCUGGUCCAUCAAGGCUGCAGCAGCACACGCACCUUCCGGCCGCGGUACUGCGGCACUUGCACCGACUCCCGCUGCUGCAUGCCAUCGCAGACAUCUACUGUCGACGUGACCUUUCGUUGCCCUGCCGGCAACCUGCGACGGCGACCGGUUAUGGUGAUCCACUCAUGCAUCUGCCAGAGCGACUGCCCCUACUCACCUUUCACUAACCCGGCUCUUCGAGGAUACAGACCUUGACUGGUCGCCAUGGUAACGCCACGCAAGAAGCUGGCGGGUUGAGACAUUGCUAUGCCUUGAAAGAAACAAUGGCUAUUUUGUAGAUAAGAAAAAAAACUCGUUGUUUCUGCACGCAUCAUGGUGUGCCCUGCGAACUCUCAACAUUUUCUGGUUCAAUUUGAACUGCUAUUUAAAGAGAAAAGCCCUGUUUUGGAGGCGAUUGGUGUUGUUGACAUUUUGAUGUCUAGAAUGAGACAAUAACUGUCAAUGUUAGGAAGGACUUUGGUCAUGUGGAUGUGGGCCUGGAUAUGGACGCAUACACACCCACUCAGACAAAAAACACACUGGCAACUCUUCUCAAAAUACACACAAAAUUAUACACAAAAAAACGAUUAAAUGUUUAUUUGAUAAUGAAUUCUAUGUGGCAGAAAACAAAUGUACUAUUUUUUUACUGCUUAUUGUAUGUUUACGAAAUGUUUUUCUUAAUUUGAGUGUAAAACCCCGGGGUGGGUUUUUAUAAGCUUCCAGCUUCAGCCGACUCCAUUUGGGCUCCUUUCUUUACAAUGUAAUGAAAAUAUUGGAUGUAAGUGUAACAUUGCACAUAGCUCAAAUAAACGGAUUGAUUGAU